AUGGAUCUAUUAAAAAAAGAUACAUAUAAAGAUGAAGACUGGAGACUUUUCAUAGAUUCAUCCAAACGAAGCAUAAAAGGAGUUCUACUACACAAUACCAACUCUUACGCUCCCAUCCCAAUCGCUCACUCCACAGUGAUGAAAGAGGAGUAUAACAAUGUGAAAAUGCUUUUAAAUAAAGUAAAGUACGCGAGUCACAAAUGGCUAAUCUGCGGAGAUCUUAAAAUAAUAAGUAUGAUACUAGGGCAACAAUCUGGAUUCACAAAAGAGCCAUGCUUUCUGUGCCUGUGGAAUAGCAGAGAUCGUGCUAACCAUUAUGUCAAAAAAGAUUGGCCUGAGAGAGAAUAA